AGUCAGCUUGGAGACGAGGCCGGCCAAUCAUUGGGGAGGAUUUCGGCACCAAUUUAAAACGAGCGCAAACGCUUCCUGUUUUGAAAAGGAUCGCUAAACAUUUGGUCUCUUUCUGCAUCUUCAUCGUCAACAAAAGCAUCCGCAGCUCAAACGUAAAGCUAAAACAGUAAUUCGGAAGUUGCUGGUUCAACUUUAUGUUCAACUACAACCCAGCUUUACCGUCUGGUAACGUUGUAUUCGGUUGUUAGGAAGAUGCCGUCCCGUGUUGAGGAUUACGAGGUGUUGUUUAGCAUAGGCUCAGGUUCCUAUGGAAAAUGCCAGAAAAUAAGACGGAAACACGAUGGGAAAAUCCUGUUGUGGAAGGAGCUGGACUAUGGCACCAUGGCAGAGAAUGAGAAGCAGAUGCUGGUGUCUGAGGUGAACCUCCUAAGGGAGCUGAGGAACCCAAACAUAGUGCGGUACUACGACCGCAUCAUAGACCGGACUACCACAACGUUGUACAUCAUUAUGGAGUACUGUGAAGGUGGAGACCUGUCCAGCCUCAUCACCCGGUGCAUCAAGGAAAGGCGUUAUUUAGAGGAGCAGUUUGUCCUGCGUGUCAUGGCACAGCUCACGUUGGCCCUGAAGGAGUGCCACAGACGCAGUGACGGUAGAGCGGCAGUUCUUCAUCGAGACCUGAAACCAGCCAACAUCUUCCUCGACAUCAAACAGAAUGUCAAGCUCGGAGACUUUGGCCUUGCAAGGAUCCUGAACCAUGACACCAGUUUUGCAAAGACGUUUGUGGGGACACCGUACUACAUGUCGCCAGAACAAAUAGACCGAAUGUCGUACAACGAGAAAUCAGAUAUUUGGUCACUGGGAUGUUUGCUGUAUGAACUGUGUGCAUUGUCCCCUCCGUUCACUGCUUGCAACCAAAAAGAGCUGGCGGAGAGGAUCAGAGAGGGCAAGUUCAAAAGAAUUCCAUACCGCUACUCUGAGGAACUGAACACCUUAAUCUGUAAAAUGCUCAACCUGAAGGACUAUCUGAGGCCCUCUGUGGAGUCCAUUCUCCAGAGCCGCCUGUUGGCUGAUGCUGUUGCUGAGGAGGAGAGGAGGGCACAAGUGCGGCUCCGAAGGAGAUCCGCAGACUCGGACUGUCCCCUUAACAGGCCGUCUGAACCGGUGGCCCCCUCUGCAGCUGAACUUGAACUCAGGAAACAAGCAAUCCAAGAACGAGAAAAGGCCCUGAAGGAACGCGAGAAAAGGCUGGAGCAAAGAGAGCAGGAGCUUUGUCUUCGUGAGCAACUGUCAAAUGAGAGGCUCGCCAGAGCAGAGAGCUUACUGAAGAGUUACACCCGUCUACAGCAACAGAAGCAGAAGGAUGUGGAGCCGUUCUAUGGCAAAGACAUAGAUGUGGAGAACCUCUCCCCUGGCAAGAGGAAGGUCCACUUUGCCGGUGAGAGCAAAGAGAACCAGCGGCCCAAAAGCCAUCAGAGUGAGACGUCCCACGAGCUGAUUUUGAGGAGGCUGAAGGCGGCGAAGCUGCGUGCUUAAACACUGAAAUGGAAAAGGUCUCCCGGUUCCAGAGCAGAAGGACUGUUAAAAUAGAUUAACUGAAGGAGUGAUUGGGAUUUGAAUCCAAUACGAAAUAGAAAAAUAUUGUUAGGACAUGUAUGAUAAUGUGAAAAACAACUUCCUGCUGCAAUACCAACUGUGCUGAAUGAUUGUGACGGGUAAAUGGUUUUGUAUUGCAUUUCCUAUUAACCACUUAUUUUAGUUUUAAAUUAUUACAAUAAGAAUGUUCAUCCUGAUUUGCAUUCUGCCAAAGAAACUGAAGGCAUGCUAUAUAUGUACUAUUUAUUAUUAAUAAUAAUAUAUAUAUACAUGCAUACUUAGUCAACCAAAUGACAAAGUUGUUUUAGAUUUCUACUACAAUUUACUACGUAUGCUCUGUAGUGUUUCAUAAAGGCAUACCUCCCACAAGAGGUCACUAGAUACCCAUGAGAAGUUGGCUAAUCAAAUGGGACUAUUGCUGAUGAUUGUAGACAAUGCAUUGGGUCUUCACACCUGAAAUUGUUUGUUGAUUAAUAGCAGAUUAAAGUCCAUGAUUAAAGGAGA